AUCCCAUGAAAAAGAAGAUCAAAGCCCUUUAUAUCUUUCUUUUAUAGAUCAACAAAACAAUUUCAAAAAGAAAAGCUUCAAGUUCUAUGUGAAAGUAUUCAAACCUAUCACAACUCCUCCUCUUCCCUACAAAACCAACUGUUAGUAUAAAGGAGAAAAUAAAAGCGCGUGAUUAGUUUCAGAUAGUAAUACACAUCACUAAUGCUUUUGAACGAGCAUCAGUUGUCCCUAUUUUCGUAUUUUUCCAGUUCAUCAUUCUUUUGUCUUACACUGAGCUAUUUCUUGUUUCCUUUAUUACCUUUUUUUUUAUUCCAUCCAAAAGAACUGCAAAGUCUUCCGUAACAACAAAGAUGGCUUUUGAUAAGUGGCUUCAACAGCGUCCACCGCCGUCGAAAAGAACCGUUGUGAAAAAAAAUGUGCUCCGAGACAAAACAAGACCAGAAUGGAACUUUGGAAAGAUUAGCUCUUCAGAAAGUAAUACAUAUCAAACAAGGUAAGAAAUAUCCUCUCUUGAUGUGAAUGGAACAUUAACUAUUUAUAUCUCUUUGUUGAGAGACGUGAAUAAUAUCAAAUUAUUUUGAUGCAAUUCGUGAAUCGUAUAGAAACUUUACAAACUGAAUGCCAACAAAGACAAGAAAAGCUGAAAGAUACAGGUUAUCUAGUAGAAGAGAAUGAAGAGCUUUUACAACUUAAUCUAUCGGAUUUGAAACAACUUCAAGAAGCAAUAGAGCAGUUGGAACUAUUUAUAGCUGAAGAAGAAGAUGAAGCCCUAAGACACAAGUGGAUACAGUUAGUAGAAGCCAAAAAAGAAAAACUUCAACAGUUACAGAAACAACAUAGAAUUGAUUUGUUACGUUGGAAACAGUGGAAAGAACAACAUCAACGACAACUUUUAUUGGAAGAACAAAGAUUACGGAGGAGAAGACCACACAACACUUCAGAGGAGGAGCGUCCUGAUGAUUGGAAUACAAAGAUACAGUCUUCUUUACAAAAUACAAAGCAAAUAUUAAAUUCUCAAGUGCUUGUAACCAAUAGUAACCUCGAUAGAAUAAGGAAAGAUGAACGACUAUUAAGGGAAACGCAAUCACAACAGCAAAACUAUUCUGAACAUAUACAACAAGGAACACAGCAGUUGAGAAGUAUCACUAAAAAAAGCAGGCAAAGUCAUUGGAAACUGAUUCUAUCUUUCGUUCUUUUCCUAUUGGUUUGUGCUUUGAUUGUUUAUCAACGUCUUGAACAUUCUUCUUGGUUUGGUGUUGCAAGAGGAACUCGAAUCAUGAAGCGAACAGUACUAGUUACAUUUCAAGGAUUGUAUAUCGGACUGCAAUAUUUAUGGAACUUGUCCGUUCAUGUUGUGUAUUAUAUUUGGGAGUUGACUCAGUUUCUCUGGGUAGCUUGGCAAAAGGAACCGAAAUGGGAAGAAUCCUUACAGCACACAAUCACACAGAACUUUUCAAGAAGUGACAUAGAGCAAUGGAAGGAUGAAGACUCUGAGAAGAAUCAUUCUGUUGUCUUUCCAACAUCCUUUAUAUCGGUUACUUUAUCAGUUGACAACCCUUGGAAUAGUCUCUCAUCAGCUGAUGAUUGCUCUGUCUCAGAAGAUGUUGUUGAUGUAAUGAAUGAUGAAAGUGUAGAGCAUCAGGAAAGCGUAGGAGUGAGUAGAAACGAUUGGAAUGAAACCUUUUCUAAUGAAUGGCAAGAAAAGGAAGAAGAAAUAGAGCUUUCUAAGAAUCUGGACGAAGAACAAGAAACGAAUGCUUUUGAGAACAUGGACAAUUAUUCAGAUAUUACAGAGCAACAAGUUUUCACAAUCUAUCAGACACCGAAUAGGAAUGAAAUACUGCAAGUGAGUGAAUGGGUAGAAGAUGCAGAUGGGUUGGAGGAAAACAAUCAAGACGCAAAUGCCUUGAACUUGUCAAAGGAAACCGAUCAAUUCUGUCUCAAUGGAAAUAUUCAUGAAGAAGAUAUCUCUCUUGGAAUAGAAGAGAAUGGCGUGGAUGAGAAUAUUAUUAUGGAGAUGCAUGAAAGUGAAGAGUUUUCUGAAAAUUAUGUUUCACAAGAAGAUGUAUUGGAUGAGAACCUCGAAUAGUGUAAUGAUUGGUCUUUCACACACAACCCUUUUAUCGAUAAUAGAUAACCACAUUCGAUGGUUGUUGGACUUGCAUAAUGUUGUUUCAAAACAUAAGGAGAACUGAAAUGAUAUGCGCAAAAAUGGUAAUGCAUAGUCGUCAACAAAUAUAUCAAUACAUAAAGCAAAAUACUUACAA